CCAUCACUGCUCUCUCUAUCUCUAAACUGUAGUCUGUACCCAAAAUCCAAAGUAAUCACCCAAAAUUAAAAAAGUUCAAAAAAUAAAAAUAAAAUUCGUCUGCAAUCUUUGAUCCGUCGCGAUUGCCAGUGAGGCGAUGGCGUAUCGAAGACGGCAGGGAAACGCUAAAUCCUUCACCUUCGAAGACUCCAGAUCCGGUCAAGAACCGCCGUCUCCGUCGCCGACGGCGGAGGAGAAUCCAUCUCCGAUCGCUGCCCAGGCGAUCCGAGCUUCGUCCGCCCACCGCGACUCUUCCAUCUCCUCUGCCUAUGGCGAAUCCACGAUCGCUUCAGCGUAUAAGGAUUUGCCUGAUCGUCGGAGAUCCAGCGUUUCUCCUAGGGAUUCUGGUGCCUUUGAUACAUCGAUGAAAAAUGUAAACGAGUCCAAAUAUGGAUUUUGGGGAGUCUUAGCUAGAAAAGCCAAAUCUCUAAUUGAUGAUGAUAACGCAUCUCAGAGGUUUGAAAACUCUGGUAGGAAGCAGCCGGGGACCUUUGACUCGAGAACAGGUGGUCAGUUUCCACAAUCCUAUCAGUCACCUGAGGGACUACAACAAGCUGAAGCUCAACCCACUCAGAGAAGUCCAGAUUCAAUAGCUUCUUCUCUUAAUCACAUUGGUGGUACAAUAAAAAAUAAAAUUGAAGAGGGUCUGACAAUCAUGGAGAACAAGACCGCUGGCAUUAUCCAAGAAACACGAAAGAUUAAUAUUCGGAGAAAAGGAAGUGGCCCUGGACAGAAUCAGGCUUCAUAUACAUCGGCUCAGCACAAUUUCUCUCCUGUUCAUACUGACCAUGAAACUCAGUUGAAGGCAUCUCGCGACGUUGCAAAUGCAAUGGCUGCCAAGGCGAAGCUUCUUUUGCGGGAAUUGAAGACUGUCAAAGCAGACCUUGCUUUUGCAAAGGAAAGAUGCGCCCAACUUGAAGAAGAGAAUAAGAUGUUGAGGGAGGGUCAUGAGAAGGGAGGCGGUCCUGAAGAUGAUGAUUUGAUACGAUUGCAGUUGGAGACAUUAUUAGCUGAGAAGGGGAGGCUAGCGCACGAGAACUCAGUCUACGCAAGAGAGAAUCGGUUCUUAAGGGAGAUAGUAGAAUACCACCAGCUCACUAUGCAGGACGUUGUGUAUGUUGACGAGGGGAUUGAAGAGGUUUCCGAGGUUUUUUCCAACAGUCCGCACCAAACGCUAUCAAGAACCAACUCUCUCUCCAACUCAUCUCUUGGUGCUUCAUCGCCUGCUCUUCCUACUACAAAGCCUCCAGCAAUUGUUGUACCAGAAGCCUGCCCCAUUGUUCCUACUGCUCCUUCACCUCAUGUUACAUCAGUAGUAAUUUCUCCGGAUCCAAGGGCGAGUUCUAAAUUACUUGCAGAACGUGAGGAUGAAAAUGAACAAUUGUAGAACUGUGGUGCGAUACAUGCAUACUUCUUUUCGCCGUCGGGUUGUGUCUGGAUUGUUUUGUUUGUACGAGUUCGCCGAAUUGUGAUUUCGACCGACCGGUACCACUUUUUUGGGCUAUGUUGUCAUCAUUGUUCAUUCACAUUGUAUACAAAUAUAUGACUUGAUGUUGUUGAUUGUAAACUUUGAACUUCAUGGUCGUUCAUGUAACAGUAGUAGAUGUAACGGUUCGGUAAAAUGUGUUUGCAGCUUGAAAGCAGCAUCUGGAUAUUGCAUCUUACAAGCAUGAUGCUCUCAAACAGUGAGAAAAUUAAUCGGAAAUUUGUUUCUUUGCGUAGCCA